AUGGUGUAUGGAGCCCUUGGUAUCUUCAGUCGGUAUAACGAAAUACCAUCAGUAAUGGCUGUGAAGAUUGCUUCAUGCUUCCUUGUUGUCAUCCUGAUGUGGGAGAUUCCUGGAGUUUUUGAGAUCUUCUGGAGUCCUCUAACAUUCUUACUGGGUCAGCGUACAACUUCUCAUGACACCCACCAUCACUGGAGGAAUGUUGGUUACCUGUGGUACGAAUACAUCUACAAGCUUGACAAGGUCACAUACAACAAAUAUCAUCCCUACACAUCGUGGAUUCCAAUAACCUUUGAUUCUGUUGUUCCAGUGUGUACAUCUGUCUGCGAAAUUCCACCCAACAGAGCGAAAUUUCUCCCUGACACUAUUUGCGUGGCUCGGCAAGAUUACUCUGGAGACCUAUAUUUCUCAGUUUCACAUCUGGUUAAGCCUAAGUGGUUAUUAUCUAUCAUUCCAGAGUACCCAAUGCUCAACUUCAUGCUCACCACGGCCAUCUAUGUCUUUGUAAAGCAAAAGUAG